AUGAGGCUUUGGGACGUGAGGACGCCUGGAGUGAAUAACGUGGCGUUCAACGCUAAGUCUGAGGUGAGGGACGUGCAGUACAACCCGUUUGCGAACUACCAGUUCGCGGCCGCGCUGGAGAACGGGAACAUUCAGAUUUGGGAUGUUAGGAAGAGCUUGGCUGCGCAAUGGACGUUCCCCGUUCAUCAGGGGUUGGUGAUGACGAUUUCGUGGCACCCGCAGGACCAGUACUUGCUGGCGUCUGGAGGGAGAGAUCGGCUGAUCAAGGUGUGGGACUUGCAGUCGAGCAAGGACACGAAGCUGGUGAAGGUGAUUCAGACGAUAGCGAGCGUGGGGAAGAUUGCCUGGAGGUCCGAGGUUCAGAAGGAGGAUUUGCACAUUGCUUCUUCCGCGAGUUUGACGGACAUUUCCAUACACGUUUGGGACUUGAAGAGUCCGUUUGUGCCACUGGUGACGUUGAAGGGUGCGAAGGACGUGAUAACGUCGCACAUGUGGAGCGACAGGAACACGGUGAUCUCAUGUUCCAAGGACGGGUGCAUGCGGAGAUACGAUCUAAAGAAGCACGGGUACUUUCCGAGGAGGCACAUGCCGACUACGGCGCUGAGUUGGAACGUCAGGAACGAGUUGGCGGUGGUGUCGAAGGCCAUAGACCGGAGCCCGCGGCUGGAGUUGCCGAGCGCUUCUAAGGCGAGUGCCGACAGUGUGAUGAAGGUGCGACUGUUCGAGCCGUCCGAGUCGAUUGAAGAGGCCAACGGAAGUUUCAAUCACCGGGCGUUCGAGCACCUCGCGAGGAACUUGGAGUUUCGAGGCAGGCCGAUAGAGGAGCUGUGUUCGCACAACUGUCGCGUGGCGGAGGAGGCGAAGUGCGGACAGCUGGCGCGCGUGUGGAAGGUGAUUCAAAUUGUCUACGAGAGAGAAAAGGAAGAAGUGCACGAAACGCCGCAGAGCGAAGCGACGGCGCCGGUUGCGAGCUGGCCGAGCAAUUUUUUGUCCGGUGGCGACCGCGCGAUCGGCGUGUUUUUGGAGGAGAAGGGCGCGGGGGGCCCUUCCGUCGAGCCCGUCCGAAGGGACGGCAAGGCGCGAGAGGAGUCCGCGCGCGCGCCGUUCGAGAAGGCGAGCAGGCUGAAAAAAGCCUCGUCGCGCGGCGCGGAUUCGGCUCGCCUGAUGGAGGUGAGCCGGAACGCCCCCGUGGAGUGCGGAGGGUGCGCGGAAGACCGCGAGGGAAGAGAGGGCGGCGCCCGACACCAGGAGCUGCUACUGAAGAGCGACCCCUCCGGAGACGUUUGCCAGCGAAAGACGGCGAAAGUCAGCCAGCCGGACGAUGUGGAUUGGGACCCCGACUCCGUCCUCCCGGACAUUCUCGACCACCACGAACUGAUAGGCGACGUCCAGACCUGCGUGAUCGUGGCCCUCAUGUUGCACCGCGAGCUCGCGAUUCAGCCCAGAAGGCUGCUGGCGUGGGUCCGCGCCUACAUAGACCUGCUGCAUCGAGACAGAAUGUGGAACAGCUCCAACUACAUCAUCAAACACUGCUGCCUGGAGAGUGUCAGGGACAUCAACAAGAUGAACACCAGCUACGCCACCAAGUGCGCCGCCUGCAACAAGGCGAUGUCGGAUGCACUAGGCGCCUACUGCUCUUACUGCAAGAAGAUCGCCUCAUUCUGCGCCGUCUGCAACCAGUCCGUCAAGGGCAUCUUCGUCUGGUGCCAGGUUUGCGGACACGGUGGACACAGCAAGCACAUGAAGCAAUGGUUUUCAACGCAGACCAACUGUCCCAUGGGUUGCGGACACGCCUGCCAGCCAAUGCGAAGUGUUCCCGAAAAGUAG